GAAGCUCAACAGAAAGACUUCAGCAAUGGCAGAGCAGAAGUUUAACAGCACACCAUUCAAUCUAAAACCUAAAAAGCGAUGCCAGUCAGAAGUUAAAACAAAGGAAAACAGCGUGUUUGAAGAAAUGAACAUGAAAAAUAAAGAAACUAAACGAACUUCUGACACAAAUGGUUACCCUUUAAGUCUUUCAGUACGAAGGCAGGAAGAAAAUUUAUAUGAAGAAAUGAACGUGAAAAACAAAGGAACUAAACAACCAUCUGACACAAAUGAUAAGCAGUGUGCAUGUAUAAAAUCUUGUACAUCAGUAACCAUUUGCUGGGGUAUUCUGUUACUGAUCAUGGCCCUUCGCAUCUAUUUUACCACAUUGUUAAUUCAUAAGAACAAAGACUUAUUGAGGAGUCAACUCAACUGGACAAACACCUCCACUGCCUUUGAAACACAGAUCAGAGACCUCAUUGCAGAAAACCAGAACCUAACAGAACAAAUAAAACUCAUGAAGAUGGAGCUCAGUCUUGGUCCAGAAAAGGUUUGCAACACUUGUCAGGAGGGCUGGCUCCACUUUGAGUCAAACUGCUAUGCAAUUAAUGAUGCUGAACUUGGUGAGAAGAAAACCUGGGAAGAAGCUCAAGAAAACUGCAAAGGAAAGAUUUCCGAUUUGGCUGUUGUAAUUAAUGCAACAGAAAAGAAAUAUAUCAGUGACAAAAGCUGGAAGAGUUCAGGAGAAAAUGGAUACUGGAUUGGUCUGAGAGCUGAAGGUGGGAAAUGGACAUGGGUGGAUGGAAGUUAUCUGACUGAUAACUCCUGGAUUCAGCAGCCUCCUUCUGAUGGUCUCUGUGUAAUUUCUGUCCAAAACGAAGGAUUUAAAUCAGUGAACUGUGACCAGAAGAAACAAUGGAUUUGUAAAAAGAGACUCUAAGUAUUUGAAUUACCACAGAUAGACUUCAGAAGACUUUUGUAAUCUGUAAAUAUAAUUGCAUAUUUGCAAAUAGCUCAUUUGGCAAUCCGGUAGAAAGUUGACUCCCUUCGUUAUUCCCUUCUGGGCCGCCCUUUCACCCUCUAUUCACUAGAGGUCCAAUAUCUAUGAGCAAAUGGCUCAAGGCUGUUUUGAUAACAUGACAAAAGCAUGCUAAGAGGGCCUUGUGACUGAUCAGCAGAUAUCAUGAGCUGACAAGGGCAGGAAAUAUGUCUUUUAAACCUAUACUUUACAUUGACUGGCAUACACGCAUUACAGUGAUACAUGCAUGGUUUUACUACUGACUUCAGUCAUCAUGAUAAUUCAUAUUUCAGUCUGCAAACAGGUUCAUCUUUAGAAAAAUGCUUUUUGCCAUUGUGGUUUACAAAAGAUUUACAAUUGUUUUAAAACGUCAAUUGUUUCAGAGGCUGGAUCAGAGGCUAAUUUUUCCCACAGAGAUCAUAACAACUGCUCUGCAACCAGACCUCGUCCUUUGGUCUAACUCCCAAAAACAUGCGUACGUCAUUGAACUGACGGUACCAUGGGAGGGAGUAAUUCAGGAAGCAUUUGAACGUAAGAAGCUGUGGCAUGCCAACUUGGCAGGCAGAGGACAGAGGCUGGAAGAUCAAGGUGCACCUGGUGGAAGUGGGGUGCAGGGGCUUUGUUGCCAGUACAACAGCAAAACUGCUUAGAGAGAUUGGGUUCAGAGGACAGGCACAAUGGCAGGCUAUAAGAGAAUUAGCUAACACUGCUGAGAGGACCAGUCACUGGCUAUGGCUAAAAAGGGAUGACAUCACUUGGGCAGCUAAGGCAGUCAGCUAACCGCUCUUCUCCCCUCUGCUCUUCUUCCCUUUUUCUGGGAGGCAGUGGGGAGGUAGAGCGUACAGCCCGAUCCAGCGGGGAGGUGUAGGCAGCCAGAUCAGGCGCCCCCCUUCUGGCUCUCCUCUCUGCUCUUUCCUGUCUUGUCCCUUUUGUCUUACUUCUCUCUAUCACCUUUUCCUAUCCAUUUAAAGAAGUGAGGCUCUGUCAGGGUUAUAUUUUAUGAUUGUCAUUUGUACUUAGAAAUAUAUAAUCAUUUAUGCUUAGAGGUAUAAAAUCGCUUGCAUAUUGAUAAAAUGUCUCAUCCUUAGUAGGUCUUUAAGACUCUGUGUACCAUGAGAUGAGAGUACGUUCACUCCUUUUCCAGAGUUUUCUGGCAUAGCACACACAUCCUAAGGUCACGACAGAGGUCGUAUCUUCUCUUUCUCGUAUAUGGUAUGGCAAACACAACUGUAUCUGUUUAGCUAUAAGAGCCUUUUGUUUAGGUGAACUGCUGGACUCCCUGGUCCAGCUAUCUGGGGAGUCAUUCACAGGGUCACAUUUUGACACACGCACACAC